CUCGACACGUCACGUAUGUGCGUAUAAAUGGCCCCAGCGUGGUCUUGUGAUUAGGGAACUAGGAGUGACUAGGACUGCUGGUAUACGCGUAUUUGUAACGUCAGCGAGCUCACCUGUGUGAUGGAUUUCCGUGUUGUGUGUGUCGCCUUCCUGCCUCUGCUGCUGCUGGGACUCUCGCACGCAGAGAAGGUGAACUUCGUAGAUUGUGGUUCAGAUGUUGGGAAAGUAAGUGAGGUUAAUGUUGUUCCCUGCCCACAACAGCCAUGCCAGCUUCACAAAGGACAGUCCUACACUGUAAAUGUGACCUUUGCCAGUGAAACUGACAGUAAGACGAGCAAAGCUGUGGUCCAUGGCGUGAUUGCUGGCGUCCCUGUCCCCUUUUCAAUCCCUAAUGAUGAUGGCUGCAAGUCUGGAAUCCAGUGCCCUAUUCAGAAUCAGAAAACCUACAGUUAUGUCAAUCAGCUUCCUGUUAAAACGGAGUACCCUUCAAUUAGACUGGUUGUGAAAUGGGAACUUGAAGAUGACUCCAGUAAAGACUUCUUCUGCAUCAAGUUUCCAGUCCAGAUUGUCAGCUGAAGGUUGACUCUUGUGUUUUUUUUUUUUGUUUGUUUGUUUUUUUUAAAUGACCAUAAAUUUUUAGAAAUGAUAACCUUUUUUAUAAUUUCUAAUUGUUAAUGAACACCUGUUUUAAACAUCAAGAAAAUAUCUACUGCUUUAUGGUUAAAGUAAUUCUGUUAAUGUUUUAAGUAAUGAUUAAAAGAACGUUGAAAUGCAUUUUUCAGAUUGCGGCUAUUCAGUGGUAAUUAAGAUUCUAUCACAGUGUCUAAUUUUUAAUAUUUAACCUCACAUAUUUUGAUAUGUCUGAAAUAAAGAACCUUUUUAUUGUUA